CUCAGCCCCUUGCCGGCCACUUCCUGACUCCCGCGACCCGCCAGUCAGUCCGUCAGUCAGUCAGUCAGUCAAGCAGCAACCACGACGCCCUCCACACCAGUCCUCCUCCAAGUCAAGUCCGCGUCUUCCAGCUUGCGAUGUCAUGCACACAGGUAGUGAUGUGUGGCCUCCUGGUAUUAGUCGCCUCUCCUCCAGCGAGGGGUGGCGUCCCCUGCACGCUGCCACCCCCAGCAUCUGUUCCCUCACACUCGUCCACGGAAGCUAUCAUGAAAAAUUCGGAGGCCUCCCCUUCCCUCCUGACGAUGUUUCCUACGGCGUGUGGCGACCUGAAGAUGGUGUCGGAGGAGUGGGUGCGGGUGGAGGGAAGUGACAAGACGUUGCAGUGCCUUCAUCAGUUGCCUGAAUCACGUGGGAGAGUUAUACGGGACGUGUAUUGGUUUGCAUCGCGCAGCACUGACAUAAUGGUUUAUUUGGGCAACUCCUCCGAGGUGGUGCUGACGUGGGACUACCUAACGGCGGCACAGAAGGCGUGGGAGGUAAUGUCCCUGGUAGUAGUGGUGGUGGGACUGGUGGCGGCGCUGCUGGGGAACUCUCUAGUGCUUGUUACAAUGUUAGCGUCAGGCCAUUCUGAUGCACUGUGGAUAAUGCGUGCUUCCCUAGCGGCUAGUGACCUUCUUCGGGCUGUCACUGUCAUGGUCCUCGCAGUGCAUGACACCAUUAGCCUCAUGACGCGGCACUAUGAUGCAAACACGACGCCCUCCCGUGCAGAUGAUGUUGGGUUCGUGGUCUUCGUGGGUGUGAUGUUCUGGAUCACCACGUUGGCGUCCGUGCAGUGCCUGGCGUGGCUAAGCGUGGAGCGGGUGUUGCUGUGUGGGUUCCCUCAUGUCUGCAGCCAUCUCACCGUCAGGAAAGCGGCAGUCGCCUCGGUCAUAGUGUGGCUCCUGGCGGCGUUUCUUCCCCUCGUGCUCUUCCUCCUCACUCAAGGCCCCGUCACUUAUUGGGACCCGGCGACGAAGCUCACUUUUUUACUUCCAGGCGGCGACGCGGAAGGUGCUGCCUACGUGGUGCUGGUUGUUCAAUAUGUGUACUUGAUUGUCCUGUCGCUCCUCACCGCCGCCGCCUCAGGGCUGGCAGUGUGCGUCUUUCAAGGGAAGGCGCUGCAGGAGAACGACGACGCGGAGAGACACACCCCCGCCUCCUGCGUCUGGAGAAAGAGAAGGGACGACCAGACCAUCCACUUCACCCUUUUCCUGAUGCUGAUAACCUUCCUCCUCUCCGUGCCUCCCUUCCUACUGUCCUUCCUCCUGCAGUACCUCCUCCCUUCCGCCUUCUGGAGCCACAGCCAGGCCCUGCACUGCAUCCUCACCUGGCUCUUCGUUUUCUCCUCCUCCUGGCAGUGGUACGUGUAUAACCUACGCAGCAACUUCUUCAGGAGCCACGUGGCGACGCUCCUCCUGCGAUGUGUCUGCCUGCCUGAGUGCCUGAAGAAGCGACUUAGGUUCACCACGCCCUCCACCCUCUCGCUCGAAUGGGGCCACGCCUGGUACGACUUGCACGCCUUCAUCAGGAGAAAGUCAACAGUCCUGCAGAAUUCUGAAUGCGGUGGCGUAGAAGGGCGUCAGGAGAAGGUUGAAAUUUAAAUUGCGUCGAUGCAGCGAGGUCAUACAACGUCGGCUUGGGUUACAAAAGUGCUACCUCUCCCACCGACAAGCCGCUGUGAAUCAGGAUCGAAGUUGUGAUCUCUAGGGCGUGAGUCAAACGUUUCACCAAA